AUCAUGAGUCGAAGCCCGGAAAGGAUCUCCUCGUACCGGCGCCACUUCGAGGGCGCUCUGGCUGCCUCCUCGUCUUCCACCUCUCUCCAGGUGCGCGUCUCCAGCCCGUCUCCAACGCGCCGGAGCGUCCGCACUCGCUCGGCCAGCUCUGCCAGCUACAGCCGCAGCGGCACCAUGGGACGCAGAGCGGUGUCCGGCUCCCGCAGAAUGGCUGGCAUGGGUGGCGUGGUUGGCAUGAGUGCUCUGUGCGUUGGCAUGGGAGGCGUGGACCUGGAUGCAGCAUCCGCUGAGAACCAGGCCUUCAAGAGCACCCGCGCCAGCGAGAGGCAGGAGAUGAUCACUCUCAAUGACCGCCUGGCCGUUUACAUUGAGAAGGUGCGCUCCCUGGAGUCCCAGAACAAGCUGCUUGAGGCGGAGAUUGAUGCUAUCCAGAACCGCUACACCAAGCCGUCUGGCCUGCGUAAGCUGUACGAGGAGCAGCUGCGUGAGAUGAUGAGAGUGGCCGAGCAGAUGAGGAUGCAGAGGGAGCUGGCCUUUGCUGCUAGAGAUGCCAUGGGUGGUCAGCUGGAGAUGCUGAAGGUCAAGUACGAGGAGGCUGUGGAGGCCAGGAAAAAGGCUGAGAUGGAGAUUGAAGCAUUCCGCCCCGAUGUUGAUGCUGCCACUGCUGCCCGCAUUGCCCUGGAGAAGCAACUGGACAACCUGGAGCGUGAGCUGGAGUUCCUGCAGAGGCUUCACAAGCAGGAAAUUGAAGAACUGAUGGCUCAGAUUUACGGUGGCAUGUCUAAAGUGGAGGUGGCGUUCGGCCUGCCCGACCUGGGGGCUGCGCUCAAGGACAUCCAAUCACAAUACGACAGCAUCGCCGCCAAGAACCUACAGGAAAUGGACUCUUGGUACAAGAACAAAUUCCAGGACAUGACUCAAAAGUCAACGAGGCACGUGGAUAGAGCACGGAGUGUGAGAGAAGAGAUCACAGGGGUGAAGAGAGAUAUUUCAAACAAGGAGCGUGACCUGGAGGCACUGAAGACUAGGAAUGAGGCAUUGGAGGCUCAGAUCCGUGAGGCCCGAGAACGCUAUAAGAAGGAGGAGGAAGACCUCCUGGCCAGAAUUGAGGCUGUGAAGCUGGAACUGCAGGGCAUCAAGUCAAAGAUUGCCAUGAUGUUGAAAGAAUACCAGGACCUGCUUAAUUUGAAGAUGGCCUUGGAAAUUGAGAUCACCACCUACAGGAAGUUGAUCGAGGGUGAGGACCUUCGUCUGGACACCAUGGUGCGGUUUGGUGGCAUGUCUCUGAUGGGCAGCGGUAUGAGUGCUGGCAUGGGUGGUGGCAUGGCUGCCAUGGGCGCUGGGGGCAUGGGCAUGAGUGCUGGUGGGAUGAGUGCUGGCGGAGUCAUGAAUGGCAGUGCCAUGGGUAUGAGCGCUAGUGCUAUGAGCGCUAGUGGCAAAAGUGCCGGUGCCAUGAGCGCCAGUAUGGGCACUGGUAAGGCUGGAGGCGUCGCCAUGGCAAGUGGCAUGAGUUCGUCCAUGAGCGCCACCAACACAUCAGGGUCCAUGGAGACGGAAUCCAAGACCGUGUCCUCGGCCAACGGGAUGUCCACCAUGAUGUCCUCGUCCAAUGGGAUGUCCAAGACCGUGUCCUCCACCAAUGGGGCGGUGUCCAUGUCUUCCAGCAGCAAGGCGGAGUUCUCCGAGGACCAGGCGGUGGAGAUGACCGAGAGGAAGACUGUUCUGAUCAGAACAGUUAAGACCGAUGAGGACGAGAUUCUGAGCGACACACAGGAGCGAACCUUCACAAUCUCUGGAGCGGCCGACGACCAGUAA